AAAUCUCGAAUCAAAGUUUGUUUGGUCAGUGGUCGGUCAAUAGAAAGUCAAUAACGGUGUCGAAUGUCAAUAGGCGACUGUCAGACGUCAGUUCCUGCCCGCCUGCAGUUGUUUCGUUCCUACUUCCGAACCGAGUGAUGCCUUCGUCGCCUAGAAGAUAGCAGAAGUGAAAUGACGGAGGGCAAAGUAGGAGAAGGAGACCUACAGCAGUUGGUUCAAGUCGACGUCGAAGAGGAGGCGACGAGGAAGCCCGAAGAGGUCACUCCACCAGUUAGCCCUGGGAUAUCCAAAAUAACUCAAACGUCCCCCACAUCGCCUGAAAGCAAUAAAGAUAUCUCUUCAUCUGUAGGUGGGUGCAGUGCCAGGGGUGCGACAAGUCUUGGCUCUUCUAGUUCGAGGUCACUUUGUCGAAUUUCAACAGCUCCCGCUCUUGCUACAAAUAGUAGUGGUUCUGGUGGGACGAGAUUUUUGUACGUGAAUGAAAAGUUGAUUAACAGGCCGGCGAGGCCGGCGCAUCCUCCUGCUCCGAACAGAAUAAAAAGAGUGGGAGUGUUGGACCGACCUGCUCACCACCACUGUUUUCUCUCAGAUGUCACUGAUGUUAGGAGAAUGGAGACGGCACUCUUGUCUUUACUCGAGGAUUUUCAUAGCGGUAAUCUUAGAGCAUUCGGAAAGGACUGUAGUAUGGAACAGAUGACGGGUAUAAGGGAACAGCAGGAGAAAUUGGCAAAACUUCAUUUUGAGCUUGGCGCAACACAAGAACUGUACGCCCCGCUCACCGAGGAGGGUCUGAGGGAAGGAAAGCAAAACAUGGCCGCUUUGAUGUCAAGCCUAGAACAGCUUAGUGAAUCAAUAGAAAAACUUCAUUUCUAGUCGCUUUGUACUGUCGUUAAAUAUUCAUGACUUCUUCAUGAUUAAUAAUAAUUGUAUUAAACGAAAACAGUGAUUUAAAAAUUAAGGGAAACAUUUUGUUAACAACGUGCUCAAAUAAAUUUUAUAUGU